CAUCAGCGAUGGAACUUGACUGAAUGACUGGAUUUCCUUUCAACGCAAGAGAAAAAGAACAGUGGAUAUCAUUGCUUGGAUUUUUUAUUGGCCCUCUCCACAGGACUUGUAUAUAUACUUAUCCAUAUACACAUUACCCGACUGAAUCUUCAAAAUGCAGUCCAUCAGGGACUUGAAAGCCAACUUCAGCGGGCCUCCUCCCUCUGCCAUGGCUUCUGGCGACGCUUAUCUGCAGGGAAACAUCCGCAUGACUCUGGACGACCCCGAACUCUGGAGGACCUUCUGUGAAAUCGGAACAGAGAUGAUCAUCACUAAGCCGGGCAGGAGAAUGUUUCCACAUUGCAAAGUCAAUCUAUCCGGUCUUAUUCCAUGUGCCAAGUACAUUUUGCUGGUUGAUAUGGUGCCAGAGGACGGCUACAGAUAUAAGUGGAAUAAAGAGAAAUGGGAGGUUGCGGGUAAAGCGGAGCCUCAGCCCCCCUGCAGGACGUACUUGCACCCCGACUCUCCCGCCCCGGGGAGCCACUGGAUGAAGCAGUCCAUUUCCUUCCUCAAGCUCAAGCUCACCAACAAUACUCUUGACCAACACGGACACAUUAUCUUGCACUCAAUGCAUCGCUACCACCCACGCUUCCACAUCGUCCAAGCCGAUGACUUGUUCAGCGUCCGCUGGAGCGUCUUCCAGACGUUCACCUUCCCGGAGACGUCCUUCACAGCGGUCACCGCCUACCAGAACACAAAGAUCACUAAACUGAAGAUCGACCAUAACCCCUUUGCCAAAGGUUUUCGUGACGAAGGCACGACCAAGAAAAGGCGCGCAAACAAGAACCUGGGUGACCUUGACAAGAAAGUCAAACUCUCUGAAAUGAACAGGCAAGCUGAGGAGGACAGUCCAUCAGAUUUCUGCACGUCGUCUUUUGAAGCUUACGAGGGAGACAAAGCAGAGCUGCAAAAGAAGAAGGAGGUCGACGAGAUCAAGGAGGAGCGCAACUCUCCUUGGUCGACAGAAAGGGAGCACGGCGGCAGGAAUGGCUCUCCUCCUGCGGCUGAAUCACGGGACGUUUACAACACGGAGCAGCUGGUUCCUGCUUCGGCAUCCUACCAGCCCUACAGGUUCCACGAGUACGGAAAGUCUCCCUCCCCAUCCUCCAGCGUCGGAAGCAGCGCCAGCGUUUCGGGCCGCAGCAGCUUCGAGUCGCGCGUCCCGGAGGUGGCCGUCUCCGAUCACGACUCAUCAAAGCCCCGCACGCAGGAGGUAGCCCCCACCCCUUGCGCCCCCCAGCAUUUCCCGAGCUCCCAAGACUACCCCGGAGUGCUCAACAUGACUGUGGCCCAAGCAAGCAAGCCGGGCGUCCUCGGCCACCACAUCUACGGCCCUUACGGCGCCGAGCAGCCCCUGGGACAGUGGAGCGGCUCUGGUCCGGCCCAGUACCCGCCUCCUCAUCACCUGACCGCUGACUACACCACGCAAGCAGUGCAUCACGGCUAUCCCCAUGGCAACGUGACCGAGUGGAGCCAGUACCCACUCUUUUCUUAUUCUUGCUGGUGAGCGCCUCUCCAUUGGAGACUGAGUGACUUCCUCCAUGCCAACACAGUGUUGCUCACAGUGUCAUGCGUGCACGUUUUCACGCAGUCGCAGGCCAAGGCCUGUGACGACAAUACAAUCAUCGGUGAUAUCAAGUAAUGAGCCGUCUGGCUGGACUGAGACUUGCCUACAAAAGUGUGCAAUGCCAUACUGAGGAUGAGGAAUUGCUUUAUC